CAGCCAGGGAGGGGGAGAAAGAGAGAGACAGACAGAGAGAGAGAGAGAGAGAGAGAGAGAAAGAGUUUAAUUUCACCACUAGUAGUCCAUACACAACUACUUUGUCUUUCUUCUGGUUCCUUCACAUGAUUCGUGCCGGAAGAGAAGCCAGAGAAGAAGAAGGCCUCAUUCGCUCUUGUGGCUCUGCCUUCUCCAUCUCCCGCUUGCUUCUUGUGGCUCUGCAGAUCAAAAUCAAAUCCUCUUGUUGAAGCCGAAGCCAGAUUAAACCCCAAUGGCGUACGGAAAUUCAAGAUCUGUCAGAUUUCAAGAUGAUGUCGAGACUAAAAAACUGCCAAAAUUCAACGGAGACAGCGUGUUUAAGAUCAAGUACAAGAUCAACGGAAUGCAAAUAUCAGAGCCGAGCAGUAAGAGGGAGAUGAGCGUAACAGGAAAAUCACUACUGAAAGCGAGAGUGCUAUCCAGAGUCUUCUCCGAGGACUACGAGAAAGUGAAGAAGAAGAUUCUGGAUCCUCGCGGCCCGGGCAUUCGGAGAUGGAACAAGAUUUUCUUAGUGGCGUGUUUGAUUUCGCUGUUUGUAGACCCUCUCUUCUUCUUCUUGCCAGAGGUUAAAGACGAUGUUUGUAUAGAGAUUGGAAUCGCCCUCGAAGCUGCCCUCACAGUUGUCAGAUCAAUGGCGGAUGUGUUUUACGUGCUUCAGAUUUUUGUCAAGUUUCGCACGGCUUAUAUUGCGCCUUCUUCUCGUGUAUUUGGGAGAGGAGAGCUUGUCAUAGACUCUGCCAAAAUUGGCUCAAGGUACUUGAGGAAGAGCUUCUGGAUUGAUGCCAUUGCUGCCCUGCCCCUUCCUCAGGUAUUGAUAUGGGUGGUGAUCCCAAAUCUAAGGGGUUCAACAAUGGCAAACACCAAGAAUGUGCUUCGGUUCAUCAUAAUAGUUCAGUAUAUACCCAGGCUUUUUCUCAUAUUUCCGCUCUCGUCGCAAAUUGUGAAAGCUACCGGUGUAGUGACUGAAACAGCAGGGGCAGGGGCUGCUUAUAACUUGAUGCUCUACAUGCUAGCAAGUCAUGUUUUAGGGGCUUGCUGGUACCUUCUAUCAAUAGAGAGACAAGAAGAUUGCUGGAGAAACGCCUGCGGCCUUGAGAAGCAGGAAUCAUGUCAACCUGGGUUCUUUGACUGCAAAAUGGUGAAGGAUGCUGCUAGAAAUGCAUGGUUCCAAUCAAGCAAUAUCACAAGCCAAUGUGAUCCCAAUGGCAGCUCCUACCCAUUUGGCAUAUACAGUGAUGCAAUGACAUCUAACGUUACAUCCUCAAGGUUCUUCAACAAGUACUUCUAUUGUCUUUGGUGGGGCUUGAAGAACCUGAGCUCCCUGGGACAAAAUCUUUCCACAAGCACUCAAGUUGGAGAAAUAAUCUUCGCUAUAAUAGUUGCCACUCUGGGAUUAGUUCUCUUUGCAUUGCUCAUUGGUAACAUGCAAACGUAUCUGCAAUCCACAACAGCUCGGUUGGAAGAAUGGAGGGUCAAGAGAAUGGAUACAGAGCAGUGGAUGCGCCACCGGCAGCUGCCUCCUGAACUAAAGCAAUCCGUGAGGAAGUACGAUCAGUACAAGUGGGUCACCACUCACGGAGUCGACGAAGAAGCUAUUCUCAGUGGCCUGCCGUUGGAUCUCCGGCGAGACAUCAAGCGCCAUCUCUGCCUCGAUCUUGUUCGUCGAGUUCCACUGUUUGAUCAAAUGGAUGAGCGAAUGCUGGAUGCCAUAUGCGAGAGGCUUAAACCGGCGUUGUGCACGGAAGGCACGUCGCUGGUCCGGGAGGGCGAUCCCGUCAACGAGAUGCUCUUCAUAAUCCGGGGCCAUCUCGAUUCCUAUACCACCAACGGCGGCCGGACGGGGUUCUUCAAUUCGUGCCGGAUAGGCCCCGGUGACUUCUGCGGUGAGGAGCUCUUAACGUGGGCGCUUGAUCCCCGUCCAAGCGUCAUUCUGCCGUCUUCCACCCGCACGGUGAAGGCCAUUUCUGAAGUGGAGGCGUUCGCUCUCAGCGCCGAGGACUUGAAGUUCGUGGCGUCGCAGUUCCGGAGGCUCCAUAGCAAGCAGCUUCGGCACAAGUUCAGGUUCUACUCGCACCAGUGGCGGACGUGGGCGGUGUGUUUUAUACAAGCGGCCUGGCGCCGCUACAAGAAGCGGAAGGCGGCGGCGGAGCUCAAGGCUAAGGAGUACCCGAUGGAUGCCGAGUCUGAGUCGCCUCUGUCCGGUUCGGGAUUUGCUGUUAGUGCCAGGCGGGGGUUGAACGGAAGCACUAGAGGGGGUGUGAAUGAACUUUGUGGGUCGGAUUCCGGGAGGGUCAGCUCCUUGCAGAAGCCAACAGAGCCUGAUUUUUCAGUGGACGAGGACUGAAUGGACCAGGCCGACUCUCAAGUCUCGACCCAGUUGGUCAUCAACUAUUUAUAUGGCUUCAGUCGUUUCUUUCAUCCCCAAGAGGGUAAGGUUAGACACUGAAGAUGACUGCUUGGUGAGUUCGCAAGCACCCCUGGCAUUUUUAAGGGUCUACAGGUUCAUCAAUGUCCAGUAUAUUUCAUCUUCAAAAUCCAGAUCAACGUAAAAGAAAAACAUUAUUUUAGAAUUUAAAAGCAGAAUAACUAAAAUUUACAAGUCUCUUAAAUUUAGAAGUGUUUUUUUAUCCCAUGAGACUAGGAUAGUAUAUAUGAUUUUAGUAGUUUGAGAAAAUAUAAUAUUAUUUAUGUUGAGUAACAUAACAUUUGUUCGACGUGAAUAAAUGUGAGAGAAUGUGUAUGGCCCCGCCCUCCCUCUCCUUCCUAGCUCACGUUGGGUAAAUCUUAUUUAGACAACAAAAUAAAUUUAUGUAUAUUUGUUUAUUUUUUGUGCACAUUUAAUUAUGUCUAAGAGAUCUUAGUUGAUUGUUUAUUCAUUUAAUUCCAU